AUGAGUUUGGAAGAUGGGAACUCAGAGAACGCGCGAAGUUGGGCGAGGUUUCUAGCCACGUGCCUCGUCGGAGGGGUGGUGGUGGCGGUGGGGGUCGGCUUUGGGGUGUCUCUGUUAGGCUCACAGGAACGUCAUGGCCCUCAACUGCCUCUGGGAUUUCCAUGGCGGAGGAAGAAGAACAGACCUGUCCGCGUUUACAUGGACGGCUGCUUUGACAUGAUGCACUACGGCCACUGCAACGCGCUCCGUCAGGCACGUGCCCUCGGCGACCAAUUGGUUGUCGGCGUUGUCAGCGACGCUGAAAUCAUCGCCAACAAAGGCCCCCCUGUUACUCCUCUCGAUGAAAGGAUGAUUAUGGUUAAUGCUGUGAAAUGGGUUGAUGAGGUUAUUCCGGAUGCACCUUAUGCUAUAACCGAAGAGUUCAUGAAGAAACUGUUUGAUGAAUACAAUAUAGACUAUAUCAUUCAUGGAGAUGACCCAUGUGUUCUUCCUGAUGGAACUGACGCUUAUGCUCUUGCCAAGAAGGCUGGUCGCUACAAGCAGAUCAAACGCACAGAAGGGGUCUCCAGCACAGACAUUGUUGGUCGUAUGCUUCUCUGUGUAAGAGAGAGAUCGGUUAGUGAGAACCAGCACCAUUCUUCCUUGCAGAGACAAUUCAGCCAUGGUCACAGUCAGAAAUUUGAAGAUGGUGGAUCUGGAAGCGGAACUCGUGUGUCUCAUUUCCUACCAACAUCUCGAAGAAUUGUUCAGUUCUCGAAUGGGAAAGGUCCUCAGUCGGACGCACGCAUAGUUUAUAUAGAUGGUGCUUUUGAUCUUUUCCAUGCUGGACAUGUGGAGAUUUUAAGGAUUGCGCGAGAGCUUGGGGAUUUUCUUCUUGUUGGAAUACACACUGAUCAGACUGUCAGUGCUCAUAGAGGAGCACAUCGUCCAAUCAUGAACCUUCAUGAAAGAAGCCUGAGUGUUCUGGCUUGCCGGCAUGUGGAUGAAGUUAUAAUUGGUGCUCCAUGGGAAAUUUCAAAAGACAUGAUCACCACCUUUAACAUCUCUUUAGUUGUCCAUGGAACGGUAGCAGAGAAUAACAAUUUUCAGAAGGAACAAGGCAAUCCAUAUGAAGUUCCAAUCAGUAUGGGUAUCUUCAAAGUUUUGGACAGCCCCCUUGAUAUCACUACUUCCACGAUAAUUAGGAGGAUUGUAUCCAAUCAUGAAGCAUACCAGAUACGUAAUGAGAAGAAGGCAGCAAGUGAGAAAAAGUAUUAUGAAGGCAAGUCUUAUGUUACCGGUGACUAA